GGAACAAUUAGCUGUGUAAGCCAUAUAUAGUGGCAAUGACACCCAAGAACAACAACAACACCACCGGCGGUCCACAAAGCGAUGGGUCCACGGGGUCGAGCGUGGGGACCGGAAGUGGUGGGGCCGAGGGUAGUGGUGGGGUCGCGCUGAAGAAGGGCCCUUGGACGGCCGUGGAGGACGCGAUCCUAACGGAGUACGUGAGGAAGCACGGUGAGGGAAACUGGAACUCGGUGCAGAGGAACACCGGGCUGGCACGCUGUGGCAAGAGCUGCCGGCUCCGAUGGGCCAACCACCUCAGGCCCAAUCUCAAGAAGGGUGCUUUCUCUCCCGACGAGGAGAGGCUCAUCCUUGAGCUCCACGCUAAGUACGGCAACAAAUGGGCUCGCAUGGCCGCUCAGUUACCUGGACGAACAGACAACGAAAUCAAGAACUACUGGAACACCAGGGUGAAACGGCGGCAACGCCAAGGCCUGCCUCUCUACCCGCACGACAUCCGACCAUCCUCCCAAUUACAAACCCAAUCUCAACCCACCACUUCGCCAGCCCCCACCGCCCCGGGGACCCCAACCACCCCAACCUCCCAAACCUUCCAUUUCCACGGCUCCCACCACCCAUCGUUCUCUCUCUCCCCGACCCCACCGCAGCUCUCCCCCACCUCUCAUCAUCAACCAUUCUCCACACAACCCUUCGCCGCCACCUCCUCCUCAUCCUCCUGCUCCCCCGCCUUCACCUUCCAACGCCCCACUCCCAUCCUGGGAGCCCCUUUUCGCUUCAAGCGCUACCGUGAUCACUACACUGGGUUCUCGCUGCCCAUUUCGCCGACACCACAAAGCAAUACACUGACCCAGUUGCCUGACAUGACUUCCUUUCAGUUUCCGAUGACUUUUAGCCACAAUUCUUCGCCGCAGCUGAUGAGGACCCACUUGGAACUAGAGCAAAUGGUGUCCCCUGUCUCGGCUUAUUCGGUGAAACAGGAGCUCCCUUCAAACCAAUUUUCGUCGCAUCAUCAUCAUCCUCCGGCCGAGGCCUCAGAGAUCACCAUCGAUCUGGAUGUGAAUGCGGCUGCCGGUCAGGGCUCCGGGAAUGGGUUGUUGGAGGACUUGUUGGAGGAAGCUCAGGCAUUGGCAGCGUCCACCCACGUUUUGAGGAAACAGAGUUCUUUGGAAGAGAAGCCUGUGCUUGAUGGGUUCAAGCAUUGGGAGAGUUCAAGUUCCAUUCACUGCCCUUCUGUAGUGAAAGCAGAGGAAGAACGAGGAGUUCAGCUCAACACCAUGCAAGAAGACUUGUCGAAGCUGCUCAAUGGUAUCCCUUCCAACAUGCAGGUCCCAGAUUGGUACAGUGACAGUGGGGAAAUCUCAAACGGGCAAUCUUCAGGUGUUACAGAAGAAAAUAUGGGCAUGGACAUGCAGCAUAUAGCUUCAUUGUUUCCUCUUGCCGCCACAACAGAUCAUGGCAGAACCCCUGGCUCCUGCUCUUGGGACAACUUGCCUGGAAUUUGCUAAGAUGGUUUGAAUUAAUAACCAUAAUAAAUAAAGUAAAAGGCUUUGAAGUCAAUAUGGGGUUUCAUUUCUUGUUUGAUCUUUGUUUUUGUCUGGGUUUCGAUGGGGUUUUUUUUUUGUUGUUGUUUUUUUUUUUCUUUUUCUUUAUAUAUAGUUAUUGUUUCUUUCAUUCUUCUGAACUUAAAAACAUGGCAGAAUCAUAAAUGAUCAUUUAUCGAGAACAAUUAAUAUAUUAUAUAUAUUUAUAUAGACAUGUAUAUAUUGAUGAUUCUUGAUCGAA